AUUGUUACUCAGGGACACAGAAUUGUUACUCAGGGACACAGAAUUGUUACUCAGGGACACAGAAUUGUUACUCAGGGACACAGAAUCGUUACUGAGGGACACAGAAUUGUUACUCAGGGACACAGAAUUGUUACUCAGGGACACAGAAUUGUUACUCAGGGACACAGAAUCGUUACUCAGGGACACAGAAUCGUUACUCAGGGACACAGAAUUGUUACUCAGGGACACAGAAUCGUUACUCAGGGACACAGAAUCGUUACUCAGGGACACAGAAUCGUUACUCAGGGACACAGAAUCGUUACUCAGGGACACAGAAUCGUUACUCAGGGACACAGAAUCGUUACUCAGUUACUCAGGGACACAGAAUCGUUACUCAGGGACACAGAAUCGUUGAAUUAAAGAGUAUGUCAGACAACACGCAGAGGAGUGGCAGAGGAGGC